CCCGUGUUUUUGUUAGUGGACUGUACGCUGUCAGCGGAUUAAGGCACAUGCACGCAGUAGUGAUAGCGAGCGGUGCAUUAGAACUAUUGUAACGAACGAACUACCGAGUUUUGGAGUGAUUCUCGCGGUCCAGAAGACUCGAAGUGGUUGACGAGUGAAUCGUAGGACCGUCUCCUUGGAAGGAACAGUGAAAAUUCGGGAAAUGAGACAGUGAAAGUGGAUAUUUCGAGGGGAUAAUUAAAAAUAAAACCUGUAAUUUGAGGACUUAUCCGAACUACUGUUCUAUUAGGAUUAUCAUCCGAAGUGUUGACCGUCUAGAUUGAAAUGUAAGCAUCCGUCGGCAAUGUCUUCAGCUGACGAACAUGCCACCAGGUUCACCGUUCUUUGUCUGGCGUUUUGGUAACCCGCAGCAAAAGUGAAUCCGAAUCUUGAGAACAUGGUGUUGGAAUCGGGAGUUUUGCCGCCACCUCUGCAACUUUAUGCGGCAGCGGCGGCACAAUUGGCGCCCAGACCGCCGUGGGCGCCAUUUUUGCAGUUCCAUGGCGCCGCCAGCCUGCUAGGUAUGCCUGGAGCUUUUUCGCCGUUGAACAGGCCUAGGUACCCGCAUGGGGUUGGUGGGAUCUUGAGGGCGCCACAAGGACCACCAAGUGAAGACAGCGGCAGCGAAACUCAUAAUGGUAAAGGAGGUUCUGAAGGAGGAGAACAGGAUUCAGAGAGUGCAGCGUCGAAAAGAAGAAGAAGUCGGACCAACUUCAACAGUUGGCAAUUGGAGGAGCUCGAAAGAGCAUUCCUGGCUAGUCAUUACCCCGACGUCUUCAUGAGAGAAGCUCUAGCCAUGAGACUGGAUCUGAAAGAGAGUAGAGUAGCGGUUUGGUUCCAAAACCGGCGAGCCAAGUGGCGCAAGAAGGAACACACCAAAAAGGGCCCAGGCCGACCUGCACACAACGCCCACCCCCAGUCCUGCUCUGGCGAGCCCAUACCCCCUGCGGAACUCCGCGCCAGGGAAAGGGCCCGAAGAAGAAAAAAGCUGCAGAAAGCCUUAGAACGCCAAGCCAGAAAACUGAGAGCCAAGGGCAUCGCGGUGGACUUGGUGGCCUUGAAACGGGAAUACCUGAGCCAAAGGGGCGCGGACCUUGACAGUGAUAGUGAUAUUGACGUGGUGGGGGACUCUGGGGCGGAAUCAGAGGGGUUCCCCAACAGUCUGUUCUCGGUCUCCUCCGAUACCGGCAUGGAUCUGUCGAGUACGUCGCCAGACGAGAAAAUCAGGCGGGCGAAUCCCUUCAGCAUAGAAUCGUUGUUGAACACUUAAACUGGUGAUUGUGCAAUAUUAAAACGUAAGACUCAAAAACAUUCCCAUCUUGUUAAGAUGAGGAAACAAACAGAUGUAGUGUAUCAGUGCCAUAAGUAACCUUAGACUUUAAACGAAAGUUUCUUGGGUACGAACUGUAUAUUUAAAAGCUACUGAGUAAUUUAUUGUAUAUGUAAAUAAAAACGAAAUUCUUGGCUUUUUAAGGAGCAUAAACUAUUAUGAAUCUCAAUACGAAAAAUUGUAAAUAUUCGAGAAUGUCCUUGUGUAUAAACGUCCAAAAUGA